UUGUUUAUUACCAGUAUACCAUGAUAAAUUCACCGUAUUAUCUGCUAAUCUUUUGCGCAUCUAUCAGGCUACAUCUGUUCUACGGAGAAAUGCGAAAUUCAGUUUAAAUAUUUGCUCCACAAUUCCAGAUCCACCAAUAAGAUAGUAGGGGUGGGUCUGCCUCCUGCAAGCAAGGUUUUUUUUUUUUCCCUAUUGCCUUGAAGACAACCACUGCUGGGGAGGACUCUUUCACUGCCUCAUUCUCUGGCACUCAAGCCUUCUGGCAGAACCCACAGCGGAAGACAUUAUUCUGUAAACUUGACUGAAGUAGACAGCUCCUAUUCUCCCAUCCAAGAUGGACAGCUUGGUUCUCUCGGCACGGAUUUGAGGCGUAACAGAUAUCAAGCCUUAGUUGCUGGAUUCUCUCCGCAUUUCACCCUUGCAUUUACUCCUGAUCGUGGUAUUGUGGGACACUGAAAUAAUAUAUCAUUUUGGAGGAUUUGUUAUCCAGCCUUGGUGGAGGGUAUGAGCAUUUCUGCAUCUAUUUAAGCAGAAAUUAAAGGUUUAACACAUCCACAGGUUAUAAAGAUGACCCACUUACAGGUUGGACUAAGUCCAGAGACGAUAGAAAAAGCUCGCUUGGAACUGAACGAAAAUCCAGACACUUUACAUCAGGAUAUCCAACAAGUUAGAGACAUGAUCAUCACUAGACCAGAUAUUGGCUUCCUACGGACAGACGAUGCCUUCAUAUUAAGGUUUCUACGAGCAAGAAAGUUCAAUCAGAUGGAAGCUUUUCGGCUUCUCGCCCAGUAUUUCCAGUAUCGUCAACUUAAUUUGGACAUGUUUAAAAAUCUUAAACCAGACGAUCCAGGAGUUAAACGUGCUCUCAUGGAUGGAUUUCCUGGUGUGCUGGACAGCCGUGAUCACUAUGGAAGGAAGAUACUUCUACUCUUUGCAGCCAACUGGGACCAGAGUAGGAACUCCUUUGUGGACAUAUUACGUGCCAUUCUCCUUUCGCUAGAAGUUCUAAUAGAAGACCAAGAGCUUCAGGUCAAUGGUUUUAUUUUAAUAAUAGAUUGGAGCAAUUUUUCCUUCAAGCAAGCCUCCAAGCUCACCCCUUCAAUCCUCAGGCUAGCCAUCGAAGGGCUACAGGACAGUUUUCCAGCUCGCUUUGGAGGCGUCCACUUUGUCAAUCAACCUUGGUACAUCCAUGCCCUGUAUACCAUAAUUAAACCUUUCCUUAAAGACAAGACACGAAAAAGGAUUUUCCUCCAUGGUAACAAUCUUAACAGUCUGCACCAGUUGAUCCACCCAGAAUGUUUACCAUCAGAGUUUGGGGGUACACUGCCACCAUAUGACAUGGGGACAUGGGCGAGGACUCUGCUUGGUCCUGAUUACAAUGAUGAGAAUGAGUAUACUCACACUUCUUACAAUGCCAUCCAUGUGAAGUGUGCGCCUACCAAUGUAGACAGAGAUUGCUCGCCGAAAUAUAUGAAAAGGUCUCAAUCAGUGGUAGAACCUGGUACCUUGAUGCACGAGGACCACAGAGACAGUGAAAACACUCAGCCGCUUCUCGCCCUGGACUGAUCUCUCGGACAUCACUACGUUCACUUUAUAAUUCACCAAUGGGUCUUUUUUUUUCUCUUUAUUUCUGUCACUUUGCGAAAUUCUCACCAGCUACUUGCACAAGGUGCAAAGACUUUGUUUAUUUCAUUGCCAUAGUGCCAACCAACAGGAGCAACUUUAUAACUGUGAAGAUUCCUUUACUGCCAAAAAGGACCCAAACAAAGUGCAUUAGAGCCUUCCAUAUAGUAAGACAUAUACUGUACUGCCUAAUGUAAAUGAAAUAUAAUAUAGGGUACAUUUUGUCUAGAAAAAAAAAGCUUAUAUGGUUAGUAUUUUUAUACCACGUCCUAGAGACAAAUGAGGUUUCGUUUAGUUUACCAAGUAAAUCACCAGCAAAAAGUUGGCAAAAUAUAACAAAGCUAAACAAAUCUGAAGUAAAAGUCAUGUUCUAUCAGUUUAGUAGUGCCAAGUAUUUACCCAACACUUUUUUUUCAUAACUUAAUUGGAACUCGUUUUGCCCAAUUUUAUUGGAUAUGUAAUGAAUGUUCUUCGCAUCAAAGGAAAUCUGUUCACAUCUACACAAAUGAGAUUGAUUGUAUGCAGGUUUGCCUGAUUGAUAUUGCCUUUGUUUUUAGUAUAUCAGGGAAUGGCCCUGUUUUGGUGGUCCGCACUAUACACUACACAUUAAAGGACAUUGCAUUUAUAUUAAAUAUGCUUUUAUUUGGUAAUUACUUAAGUAGAUUAUCAUUACUAGUUUUAUAAGGCUGAAUUCACAUUAUUAUAAAAACAAGUGCACAUAUCAAAUAUAUUCAACUGAUUGAAUAUUUAAACAUGAGGGGGCAUGGUAAUCCACUGUUUACAUAUAGAGUGGCAUAUGUUGGAGGCAAACAGUGGAAAAUUCUCCCAAUGUAUACCCCUGAUAUAUACCCCUGAUGUACACUGACUUAUUUUCCAGUAAAUGUUAAGUAUGUGAGAAUAAAUAGAUCUACACACAAUAGCUGAGUGAAUAGAUAUAAAAAUUACAAAGCAAAAAAAGUGCAACAAGACCAGUAAAAAUCAAACAAGAUACAAAGAAGUAAACCGAGAUGAGACAUCAAGACAUACUUAUCUAUAAAGUCUUACACCAGUCUGUUGGGUAUCCAACAAACACUCGGAUUUAAGAGUAGCUUGACUUCUGAAUGCUUACAUAGUGCCAUAGUAAGGUAGCCCUGGGGCUCAUGUGCACUGAGUUUUUAUACCUUAUCUCCCUUGUUAAUUUUAAAGAAAGAACAUUUACACACACCCUUAGAUUCGAGCAGGCGCAGAUCAGCUUAAAGGAAAACUGUCAGCUUUCUCCCCCCACACUAACCAGCGGUACAUGCUGGUAGUACGGGGGAUGCUGAUCAGUUUGAUCCUUACCGUGCCCGGAUCCGCAGCACCGUUUGGCUGUAAUCUUCUAUUUUCAGUAUAUGCAAAUGAGGUGCUAACUGGCAAUCUUACGUCAGUGCCUCUGGCCACAGCGCCGCCCAGCUAAUCAAUAUUCCUCCCCUCCCUCCGCCUCUCCCUCUUCUCCCUGCUCUGUAAUGAAGAGAGAGGGGAGGAAUAUUGAUGAGCUUGGGGCGCUGCGGCCAGUUAGCCCAAUCGGUGCCAGAUAGCACCUCAUUUGCAUAUACUGAAAAUAGAAGAUUACGGGCACGGUAAGGAUCAGCAUCCCCCCGCACUACCAACCAGUACCGCUGGUUAGUGCGGGGGGAGAAAGCUGACAGUUUAAGGUGGCAUUUGUUUUCAAUAACUGUUCGGCUAACUUUCUUAUACACAUGGACAUUCAGCACAUAUGAAGGUUUGUGUGUUGUUCAUGGGAAGAGUUAAUCCACAGUGUUCUUCAUGGGAGCGAUAAUCCACAGUCAUCGCUGGUUUCAUUUUAUCCCUUUCUAAACAAAAGGAUCGGGUAGCGAAAAUCUGUGUCUCCACUGAAAUUAUCUGUCGGUGGAGAGUUGGGAGGCUACCAUAGACCUUCCAGUGUUGGUCAAACCUGGUGGCAAAGGAUUUUAGAAAACACUCAAUAAACAAAGAGGGCAUAGUAAGGAUUAAAAGUAAAGAACAAAAUACAAAACCCUUUCAAACACAUUUCAUAAUUUUUUUUUUUAUUACAUAUCCUCUCCCUGACCAGAUUUCUAAAAGAACGUUUUGCCUGGACAACCCCUUUAAGAAAUGAAAGCUUUGCGCUGGUUGGUUGCUAUGGACAACUAAGACAGUUUUGUUGUAGAGAGUUUUUAUUUAAUCCCCCCAAUGCUUUUUAUUUUGUCACACUUUUAGGAUCCGUGGCAUUAAAAAAAAAAAAAAAAAAAGUGCAGCAUACUCUUGGUAAGGUGCUUUUUGGGACAUUUUUCCUAUAGGCUUAUCUAUAGGACUUGAAAAACACCAACAAAACACUUUACACGUAUAAUAAACUAAAACAUACCACCAAAUACAUACACUAAAUUUCAUGUUCAAUAGGAAGAGGGUCAUGUGACACAUCAAUCUUAUUGGGAAUUUCACAAGAAAAGCAAUGAUGUGCU